AAUAUAUUUUCUCUAGCUGUUUAGCUCCAGCUCUCACUCGCAAUCUUCACGGUUUUUUUUUUAAAUUUUAAUUUUAAAUUCCGAUAUUUCUCCUUUUCGAAACCCUAAAUUCUCUUCUCAUUGAGCUGAAUUCAAGCUGCUUGGGCCAACAAAAUUUUUUUUUUGGUUUUAAAUUCCCACUUUUAAUCAUCGGAUUUAAGAAAAUAUGGAUCUUCCAAGUCUUGUUGUUGUUCUUCAAGCUGCACUUAAUCCUAAUCCUGCUGAACGCAAAGCUGCUGAGCAAAGCCUGAAUCAGUUUCAGUAUACGCCUCAGCAUUUGGUGAGACUGUUACAGAUCAUCGUUGACAAUAAUUGUGAUAUGGCAGUUCGUCAAGUUGCUUCUAUUCAUUUCAAGAACUUCAUUGCUAAGAAUUGGGCUCCUCUUGAUCCAAAUGAGCAACAAAAAAUUUUGCAAAGUGAUAAAGAUAUGGUUCGCGAUCAUAUUCUUGUAUUUGUUACUCAAGUUCCCCCUUUGUUGAGGGUGCAAUUGGGUGAGUGCCUCAAAACCAUUAUACAUGCUGAUUACCCGGAGCAGUGGCCUCGGCUUCUGGACUGGGUGAAACAUAACCUACAAGAUCAGCAGGUUUAUGGGGCUCUGUUUGUGUUACGCAUUCUUGCUAGAAAAUAUGAGUUCAAGUCCGAGGAGGAGAGAACUCCAGUUCACCGCAUUGUUGAGGAGACAUUUCCUCAUCUUCUCAAUAUAUUCAACAGACUUGUCCAGAUAGACAAACCAGCUCUGGAAGUAGCAGAUCUCAUCAAACUUAUUUGUAAAAUUUUCUGGUCAUCUAUCUAUUUGGAGAUUCCAAAACAAUUACUUGAUCCAAAUUUGUUCAAUGCUUGGAUGAUGCCUUUCUUAAAUGUUUUGGAGAGGCCUGUGCCUCUGGAAGGCCAACCUGUAGAUCCUGAGCUCAGGAAAUCAUGGGGGUGGUGGAAGGUGAAAAAAUGGACAGUUCAUAUUUUAAAUAGGCUAUACACUCGGUUUGGAGAUUUAAAGCUUAGGAAUCCAGAAAACAGGGCUUUUGCCCAAAUGUUUCAAAAGAACUAUGCUGGAAAAAUUUUGGAAUGCCACUUAAAUUUAUUGGGUGUGAUUCGUGUUGGUGGCUAUCUCCCUGACAGAGUUACCAACCUUAUUCUUCAAUAUCUAGGCAGCAGCAUCUCGAAAAAUAGCAUGUAUACUUUGUUGCAGCCACAGAUUGAUGUUCUUCUUUUUGAGAUAGUCUUUCCUCUCAUGUGUUUCAAUGACAAUGAUCAAAAGCUUUGGGAGGAAGAUCCACAUGAGUAUGUAAGGAAGGGAUAUGAUAUAAUUGAAGAUUUAUAUAGUCCAAGGACUGCUUCCAUGGACUUUGUCUGUGAGUUAGUCAGGAAACGUGGAAAAGAGAAUCUUCAGAAGUUUAUUCAAUUCAUUGUGGAAAUUUUUAAGAGGUAUGAUGAAGCACCGGUAGAAUAUAAGCCUUACCGACAGAAGGACGGUGCUCUCCUUGCUGUUGGAGCACUUUGUGAUAAGCUGAAACAAACUGAGCCCUAUAAAUCUGAGUUGGAACAUAUGUUAAUGCAACAUGUUUUCCCAGAGUUCCGCAGUCCUGUUGGUCAUCUUAGAGCCAAGGCUGCUUGGGUAGCAGGACAGUAUGCCCGUAUAAACUUCUCCGACCAGAAUAAUUUCCGCCUAGCAUUGCAUAGCGUUGUUUCUGGAUUGUGUGAUCCAGAACUUCCUGUUCGCGUUGAUUCAGUUUUUGCAUUGAGGUCGUUUGUUGAAGCUUGCAGAGAUUUAAAUGAGAUUCGUCCAAUUCUUCCUCAACUACUUGAUGAGAUUUUUAAACUUAUGAAUGAGGUUGAGAAUGAGGACCUUGUCUUUACUCUGGAGACUAUAGUUGACAAGUUUGGGGAGGAGAUGGCACCAUUUGCUCUUGGAUUGUGUCAGAAUUUGGCUGCUGCAUUUUGGAGGUGUAUGAACACAUCAGAAGCUGAUGAUGAAGCUGAUGAUCCUGGUGCUCUGGCUGCAGUCGGCUGUUUGCGUGCCAUAAGCACAAUACUUGAGUCAGUUAGCAGGCUUCCGCAACUUUUUGUUCAGAUUGAGCCAACUUUGCUUCCAAUCAUGCGAAGAAUGUUGACAACUGAUGGACAAGAGGUUUUUGAAGAAGUCUUGGAGAUUGUCUCGUAUAUGACCUUUUUUUCUCCGACUAUAUCCCUGGAAAUGUGGAGCCUUUGGCCUUUGAUGAUUGAAGCAUUAGCUGAUUGGGCUAUAGACUUCUUUCCAAAUAUUUUGGUUCCUUUGGACAACUAUAUAUCCAGGGGAACUGCACAUUUUCUUACUUGCAAGGAACCAGACUACCAGCAAAGUCUUUGGAAUAUGAUUUCAUCUGUUAUGGCUGAUAAAAAUUUAGAAGACAAUGAUAUUGAACCAGCCCCCAAGUUGAUUGAAGUAGUGUUUCAAAACUGUAGAGGGCAGGUGGAUCAUUGGGUUGAGCCAUAUCUGAGAAUCACACUUGACCGAUUGCGUCGAACGGAGAAAUCCAGGUUAAAAUGUCUUCUUGUACAAGUGAUUGCCAAUUCAGUUUAUUACAACGCAGUAUUGACACUCAGCAUAUUAAAUAAGCUUUGUGUUACGACGGAAGUGUUCAACCUGUGGUUCCAUUUGUUGCAACAAGUUAAAAAGAGUGGUCUACUGGCUAAUUUUAAGCGGGAACAUGAUAAGAAAGUGUGCUGCUUGGGCCUUACAUCACUACUUGCACUUCCCGGUGAACAGUUUCCCGGGGAGGCUCUUGAGCGUGUCUUCAAGGCCACCCUCGAUCUACUAGUUGCAUACAAAGGUCAAAUUACAGUAGCUGCAAAUGAGGAAGAGGUUGAAGAUGAUGAUAUGGAUGGUUUCCAGACUGAUGAUGAAGAUGAUGCUAAUGCUUCCGACAAGGAAAUGGGAGUUGAUGCAGAGGAUGAGGAUGAAGCUGAUAACAUCAGGCUUCAAAAAUUAGCUGCCCAGGCUAAGGCUUUCCAUCCAACUGAUGAUGACGACUCUGACUCUGACGAUGACUUUAGUGACGAUGAAGAGUUACUGUCACCAAUUGAUGAAGUAGACCCUUUUGUUUUCUUUGUUGAUACCGUCAAAGCUUUGCAAGCAUCGGAUCCUAUCAGGUUCCAGAACCUUACACAGACACUGGAUUUCCAUUUUCAAGCUCUUGCAAACAGUGUUGCUCAGCAUGCUGAACAGAGGAGAGCAGAAAUUGAAAAGGAGAAAAUGGAGAAGGCAUCCGCCACAGCCGCUCCUUCUUGAGUUCAGAUUGAAUUUUUGGCUUGCCCUAUGAGGUAUUGAUGAUUUCCAUUCAAUUAUGGUUUUUAAUGAAAAUCAAGAGUUGUUUCUGGUCCAGUCAAAGCAUUCAUAGGUCCAUAUGGUCCUUGAAGGGUAUUGAACCUCAAAAAGGUUUUUGAGGUUCAUCUGUUUGGAGCUUAGCGUGUGUACAGGUUCUCGAUCAUAAGCAAAACACGGGAUUAGGGAACUCAAGAGUUCGCCACGUAGUCAGGGUUGUGAAUUUUGGUCAAGUCUGGUGAGUCUGGCUAUUCUUUUGGCAGAAAAUGCCAAACUCUACCACUGUGUUGUAGUCAGUCGUGUCAUUCAGUCUCACUCUUUUUCUUCCACCGUUUCUUUUUGCUUAUUCACAUGUUUGGUCACUCUAUCAAUUGUUUCCGGAUGGAGGAGUCUGAUCUUUCCUCACUGCCGGUCGGGUUGAAUCAUAGUCUCUUAUGCUGUCUUCCUAUGUUAAUCAGAUAGGCAAUAUAUAUAUAUAUAUAGGUUAUAUAGAGAUUUUGUAUUGAUGAUGAUUUUGAUGAAAUGGUAGUCUUAAAAAAAAAAUUCCAGGUACAGUAGUGAACCAAUAUCAUGGAAUACUAUUUUUUUUUCUUUCUUUUUUGCUUUGGAUUAUGGAGAUUUUGUUUUUGGGUUUCAGAGGGUUCUUAUUAGGUAACUUGGUUGCCUAUUUGUAAUAAUGUAAUAACUAAAAAAAUUAUGAUAGUAUUCUUUUUAUAUAAUGUUGGAUUAAUGAAAAAUAAACUGCGGCUAUUAUUUUUAUUA